AUGGUCGCCCUGCAGAACCAGUACGACCCGGCCCGCGUCUUCGAGCCCACCCUGUGGACCGUGGCGGCCGGCGGCCAGUCGUACGUUCUCAAGCCCAAGUGCGUCCUGGACCGCAGCUGCUUCUGCCAGGACGACACGCACUGCGCGGACGGCUUCACCUGCAUUCCCAGCGCGGCCUUCCCGCAGUUCAAGGCCUGCUUCCCCCUCAAGUCCUAG